CAAUUUCUCAGCAACCAGCAGCACGACCUGUGAGGGUUCGAAGGAAGUAGCAGUGUUUUUUGUUCCUAGAGGGAGGAAGAGAUGGCAAAGGGGGAGGGGCCGGCGAUCGGGAUCGACCUGGGAACGACGUACUCGUGUGUCGGCGUGUGGCAGCACGACCGCGUCGAGAUCAUCGCCAACGACCAGGGGAACCGCACCACGCCGUCCUACGUCGCCUUCACCGACACCGAGCGGCUCAUCGGCGAUGCCGCCAAGAACCAGGUCGCCAUGAACCCCACCAACACCGUAUUUGACGCAAAGCGGUUGAUUGGUAGGAGGUUCUCGGACCCUUCCGUUCAGAGUGAUAUGAAGCUAUGGCCAUUCAAGGUCGUGGCGGGCCCUGGCGACAAGCCGAUGAUCGUGGUUAGCUACAAGGGUGAGGAUAAGCAGUUCUCUGCCGAGGAGAUCUCCUCUAUGGUGCUGACCAAGAUGAAGGAGAUCGCUGAGGCCUACCUCGGCUCCACCAUCAAGAAUGCCGUGGUCACCGUGCCUGCCUAUUUCAACGACUCGCAGAGGCAGGCCACCAAGGAUGCCGGCGUCAUCUCCGGGCUCAACGUGAUGCGUAUCAUCAACGAGCCCACCGCCGCGGCCAUUGCCUACGGGCUCGACAAAAAGGCCACCAGCAGCGGCGAGAAGAACGUGCUCAUCUUCGACCUCGGUGGUGGCACCUUCGAUGUGUCGCUCUUGACCAUCGAGGAGGGCAUCUUCGAGGUGAAGGCCACCGCCGGUGAUACCCAUCUGGGUGGGGAGGACUUCGACAACCGCAUGGUCAACCACUUCGUCCAGGAGUUCAAGCGCAAGCACAAGAAGGACAUCAGCGGCAACCCGCGCGCGCUGCGGCGUCUGCGGACGGCCUGCGAGCGGGCCAAGCGCACGCUGUCGUCCACCGCGCAGACCACCAUCGAGAUCGACUCGCUGUACGAGGGCAUCGACUUCUACACCACCAUCACCCGCGCCCGGUUCGAGGAGCUGAACAUGGACCUCUUCCGCAAGUGCAUGGAGCCCGUGGAGAAAUGCCUCCGCGAUGCCAAGAUGGACAAGAGCACCGUGCACGACGUGGUGCUCGUGGGCGGCUCCACGCGCAUCCCCAAGGUGCAGCAGCUGCUCCAGGACUUCUUCAACGGCAAGGAGCUCUGCAAGAGCAUCAACCCUGACGAGGCCGUGGCGUACGGUGCUGCUGUCCAGGCCGCCAUCCUGAGCGGCGAGGGCAACGAGAAGGUGCAGGACCUGCUCCUUCUGGACGUCACCCCGCUGUCCCUGGGCCUGGAGACUGCCGGCGGCGUGAUGACCGUGCUGAUCCCUCGCAACACCACCAUACCAACGAAGAAGGAGCAGGUGUUCUCCACCUACUCCGACAACCAGCCGGGGGUGCUGAUCCAGGUGUACGAGGGAGAGCGCGCCAGGACCAAGGACAACAACCUCCUUGGCAAGUUCGAGCUGUCCGGCAUCCCGCCGGCGCCUCGCGGCGUGCCCCAGAUCACCGUGUGCUUCGACAUCGACGCCAACGGCAUUCUGAACGUAUCAGCGGAGGACAAGACUACAGGACAGAAAAACAAGAUCACCAUCACCAACGACAAGGGGCGGCUGAGCAAGGAGGAGAUCGAGAAGAUGGUGAAGGAGGCGGAGAAGUACAAGGCGGAGGACGAGGAGCAUAAGAAGAAGGUGGACGCCAAGAACUCGCUGGAGAACUACGCGUACAACAUGCGCAACACCAUCAAGGACGACAAGAUCGCCUCCAAGCUAGGUGCGGAUGACAAGAAGCGCAUCGAGAACGCCGUGGACGGUGCCAUCAGCUGGCUGGACAGCAACCAGCUCGCGGAGGUGGACGAGUUCGAGGACAAGAUGAAGGAGCUGGAGGGCAUCUGCAACCCCAUCAUCGCCAAGAUGUACCAGGGCGCUGGCGCGGACAUGGGUGCUGCUGCCGGCAUGGACGAGGACGCACCGGCCGCCGGCGGCAGCGCCGCUGGCCCCAAGAUCGAGGAGGUCGACUAAGUGCUUCCACCUGUGGUCGUGUUAUCGUGGUAGAAGUUGAAUUGCUUCUGUUUCUGUGGGAACAGUAAACUCUGAGGUUGUGGUUGAUCUGAUGAUACUUUUCUAAUUGGUUCCCCUUCCUUCCCUGAGAUUUUAUAGUUGUUUGCUCGUUUGCA